GUGCUCAUGUACCGAAAAAAUAUGACAUCAUAUCACGUUAUUUUUCAAUCUCUCCAGCUUGAUUUCACUUAAAUAAUGCUAAUCUGUUAGUUAUAAAGAUUAAUGUCCGCGGAAUUGCGCAAUAAUUGACCAAAGAUAAUCGUAAGUACUUGAUUUUCUUCAGCUUUAGCAUCUUUUAAUUACUGUACCGUCAUAAUUAAUUACCGUGAUUAUCUUCAAAAAUUCGUAAAAUUUCUGGAAAAUUGAAAAUAAUGAAAAUUAAAUCGAUGCGAAUUAGAUGAAAUUUAAUUGAUUAUAAACGAGAGAAAGACUUGGUCGGGGACGUUUAGCUCAAUAAAAGACGUGUUAAUAUUAUUAAUAGCUGGAAGUCGAUCUUUAAUAUUCAGUAAUUAGUUUUAUUGUUCAAACAAGAAUGGGCGAGUCGGAUUGAUCGUGUCUCGCCCGUUGCGUGUGUCGCGCUUUCUGAACGCAUGCACCAUACUUCUACUUCUGCCGAUCACUGCAGAUAUUUAUGUCCAGAUCAAAUUAUGAAACGCGGCGUUUUUGCAGACCAUUUUAAAGGCCGUAUCUUCAUUUGUUGCGUGUAAUGCAAAUUGCAAUUCGUUAAUUAAUCUGAUUUAUGAACGAACAAAUUGUGAUUAGAAUCAUCUUACGGAUAACAGCUUUUCAGUGGCGAUACUAACGAUUAUAAAUCGAUCUCGAUUAAAGUACUUAUCUACUUUAUUUCAGAUGAGAACAAUGUCACGCCUUAAGAAAAACUUUGCCAAUUUUAACAACAUUAACAUAAUUUAUAGAAAUCGUUAUAGUCAUUCAUACUGAUGCGCCCAUAAGCCUCCAGCCCAUUAGGUAUUAAGUAAUCCAUCGUUGAAUUAAUUCAGCUAUUUCCGUUAGAAAAGGAAAGAUGUAUCCGAACCGGUUCCUCGCUCGCGAUCUCAAUAUUUUGUUGACCUACAGCCAGCCGGCGACAUCGAUAUAAAUAUGAAGAAAACAUUUUGACCAACACAAACAAGCGAGGCUUGUGGUAGAAGAAACAAGUUCACUUCGGUGGCCAGCGAUUAGCUAAUCGAAAUGGCUACUUUUGCAAAAUUGGCAGCUCUUGCCAUACUAGUUAGCAACACCUACGCAGGAUACCUACAUGGCAAUCAUCACCACGCGCCUCUAGGACAUCACGAUCACCAUGACCAUCACUCUAGUCUCCCAUCGUCGUCUCUCAGCGCCCCUAGUGCUUUGGACAGUUUCUCUCCUAGCAGCUUCCCAGCUGGCUCCUUACCGUCAGCCACAUACCAUGACCAUGGGCAUGGACUUGGAGGUGGGUAUUCCAGCCACUCCGACCUCUCUCACCAUGACAGUGGACUUUCCAGCCACUCUUUAAGUGGUGGAUUCUCAGGCCACUCGCUUAGUGGUGGCCUUUCCGGACAUUCGGUAAGCGGUGGUUUCUCUGGCCAUUCGGUAAGCGGUGGUUUCUCCGAUCAUUCUUUGAGCGGUGGUCUUUCCGGCCAUUCUCUGAGUGGUGGGCUUUCAGGCCAUUCCUUGAGUGGUGGCUUUUCCGGUCACUCUCUGAGUGGUGGAAUCUCAGGCCAUUCCCUUGAAGGCGGACUUAGCGGUGGCUUCGACAGUGGCUCGUCGUACGACUCUCACCUCCCAGCAGCACCCCUGCCAUCGUUGCCAGCAGCGCCCCUUCCAUCAGGACUCGAUUCACACUCUUUCUCGUCUCCUGGCUCUAGUUAUUUGCCACCAUCUGACUUAUCAUCAGUAUUCGGAUCAUCACUGCCUUCUCCACCUCUCUCAUCAGGUCCUUUGCCUUCUGGACCCUCCUUUGGUGCUGGAGGUAUUGGCACCAUCGGCGGUAUUGGCGCUGGUGGAGAUAUAGGCGCCGUAGGAGGCGCUAUUGGAGGCGCUAUUGGAGGCGCUAUUGGAGGCAUUGGCGCGGGUGGAGCUAUCGGUGGUGGUGGUCUGGGCGGCGGAGCCGGAGUUGGUGGUGUUAUUGGAGCGGCCGGUGCGGGUGAUGCCCUUCCUCCGGGUCCCAAAGCUCCCGUCAUCACUGAAAUCCACGGCCUGGCUAACGGAAACGGUGCCCCUACUCGCUACCGCGUGCGCGAAGAAACCUACCAAGUCUUCCGUGAAGUGACCCACAGAGUUCCCCAGCCCGUUCCAGUACAAGUUCCCCAAAGGGUUGAGAUCCCCGUGCCACAGCCUUACCCCGUACAAGUGCCACGCGUCAGAAACGUCCCUGUACCAGUGGUUAAGUAUCAGCAAGUGAAGGUUGACAAGCCAGUGCCUUACCCCGUGGAGAAGAUUGUUAAAGUGCCCGUGGAGAAGGUGGUGAAGGUGCCGGUAGACAACCCCGUGCCGGUGGAAAAGAUUGUGAAAGUACCAGUUGUGAAGCUUAUUAAGGUGCCGGUACAUGUCGUGAAGAAGUACGCUGUGCCUCACGUGAAGACUGUCCACCACCACGCACAGAGCCACGGCCACAGCUCGCAUGGCCACAGCUCGCACGGCCACAGUUCCCACGGCCACGGAUGUACAAUAGUAAACAAAGCAGAAUUUCUAAAAGCCAUGGCGUUUGUUGUUCGGACGCUCUUCUUGACGGCGAUUGUGUGCAGUGUCAGAGCAGGAUACCUAUCAGGCCAUCACCAUCAUGAUUCCGGCCAUCACCAUCACGAUUCAGGCCAUAUACAUCACGAUUCAUACACAGAUUCAGCCCAUAGCGCGCCGUCAGCAUCUUAUGGAGUUCCUUCAAAUUCCUACGGUCCUCCAGUGCACUCAGGUGGCUUGAUAGCUGACGCGAGCCUUCCCGCGCCACUUCCCAGCACUCCUAUAAGCAGCGGCCCUAUUGGAUACCCACCAGCAGCGCCAGCACCAGUCUACGGACCCCCUGAGACCUCAGGCAGCCUUAAUCUUGAUGAAAACCGUCCACCCCCACCGGCCGGCGGUGGCUCUUUAACCCUUGGAGCACCAAGAGUGAUUGGAACCUCCGUAACAGUUGGAAAGCCUAUUGCUGCAGCGUCGAGAUACGAAUUGAAGGCAGUCGUGCAAGACGUGGUCAGACGCGUGCCAGUUGAGGUCGUCCGUCACGUGCAGGUCGCUGUGCCGCAGCCUUACCCCGUGCCUAUUCGUCAGGAGGUGAGGGUGCCAGUGCCUCAGCCUUACAAUGUACCAGUGGAUGUCGUGAAACAAGUGCCUUACCCAGUGUACAAGACCCAAACGGUCGAAGUGGAGAGGCCUGUACCUUAUGAGGUCGUGAAGCACGUACCUGUUGAGGUCAUCAGAAAGGUUCCCAUCCCCGUGGACAGGCCCUACGAGGUCAUCAAAAAGGUGCAUGUGCCAGUAGAGAAGCACGUCGAAGUGCCAGUCCCCGUAUGGAAGCCGUACCCUCUCCACAUCAUCAAGCACGUCACCCACUACCAGAAGAAGAGCUGCUGCUGGUGAACCAUAGAGCAUAAGUUGUGAUCAUACCAAAUAGUCAAUACGUGUAAAUAAAUAGUCACUAGUUGUAAAUAAAAUAGGUGUACAAAGAAUAAAAGACGUUACAAAAUAUAA